GAAAUGAUGAACAAGAUGGGGAUAUAUCUAAUUCAAUAUGAUCGAUCUGGAUAUGGGGAAAGUGAUCCAAACCCAAAACGAUCCCUAAGGAGUGAAGCAUCUGACAUUGAGGAAUUGGCUGAUAACUUGCAAUUAGGAUCAAAGUUCUAUAUUAUUUGUAGCUCAAUGGGAUGUUACCCAACUUGGGGUUGCAUCAAACACAUUCCCCACAGGUUAGCCGGGGUAGCGUUUGUUGUUCCCAUUGUGAAUUACCAAUGGCCAUCCCUUCCUCACAAUCUCACAAAGGAUGAUCAAAGGAAGAAAGACUAUUGGUUGAUGACUAUGACUGCUAAAUAUAUUCCUAAAUUAUUACAGUGGUGGGCCAUUCGAAAAACUUCUACCAAUGAUCCAAAAUCUACAUACUUUACUUCCAAGGAUUUAGAGAUUAUAAAGAAUCUACCAGGAUUUCAAGGUUUUAGUCCGGAAAAACUAAGGAACAGAAGUAUUUUCAACAACCUUUGCAGUGAUUUCCUUGUGGCUUUUAGUAGUUGGGAUUUUGAUCCUUCGGAGCUAAGCAAUCCUUUUCCUGAAAAUGGUCAGAGUUGUGUUCACAUUUGGCAAGGCAGUGAGGAUAAAGUUAUUAAUCUGAAAAUACAAAGGCAUAUUGCAGAAAGGUUACCUUGGAUUCAAUAUCAUGAAGUUCCUAAUAAUGGACAUCUAUUGAUCUAUGAUACUACAGUUUGUGAAGCCAUUUUAAGGUCUCUUUUGAUUGGGUAAACUCCACCAUACAAACCUAUAUUAUCCAAUUAAGUCAUAGCUUAUAGUCAUCACUUUCACAUAACAAUGUUCAGAUGUUACAUAUUGAAUUUCCUUUUUUCCCCUUUUUUUGUACUUAUUGGAUGAUGUAUUUCACAGUGCCGGGCCUUAUUUACUGGUUAUUGUUUUUGUUUUUCAUCUA